GAGACUCUAAGAGUGUGUUGACCGGGUAAAUUAUGUAUUGUAUAUGAACGUUAUUCAGUAUAGGCUAGGUGGGAGAUAGUGUUUAGGACGUGUUGCACGAUACGGAUGAAAGAAAAGAAAUUGUUUCUUGUAUUCAAGAAAGAAUAGGAAGGGAAUUUAUGUUGAAAUCAACUAAGAAACAAUAAUCCCGGAAACACUUUACUAAGAAGAUCCGACUGGUUGUAGAAUUGUAAUUACAGGAAGUAAGAAAACCAGGACAUCCAUAUUCCACUGCUUUUGUACGGUCCCAACUGGACUCCAGAAACACUAACUGUCACAGAUCACGUGGUACUUCUUUGAGUAUUUUUCACGAGGAUUCAUUAUUUGGAGGUUUGCAGACAGACAGUUAUAAUGGAAAAACAACAUAUAAAUGUCGUCAAUGAUUCAAAGGAAGAAACUAACGAUCAGUCUCUAAAUACCGAUAAGGUGAUAACUAUAAUAAAUAAACCCUCCGAACUAGGAAUAGAACAACAAAACGGUCAUUCUAAUAUCCUCGAUGUUGGGGAAGUAGAUAAUUCUGGUCAAAAGAGUUUUAAUGAUUCUCUCGAACCACCACGGAUUGGCAUAUCGACAAAUUCUGAAACUCUGGAAGACGACAGUCUAGAAAACAAGGACAAUGAUGUGGCAAAACAAGAUCAAAUACAAUUAGAGCCAGAGCUACAGAAUCCCAAAUACUCAUCUCUUCCUAGUGACCUAUCAGUUGAUAGUUUUCAUUCUGCGGAAACUCCUGGAGAGAUUACAGAUUUCACAGGAUUUAGUAUCCAGGAAGAACCGGUCCACCCAUCAGUAGCAACAGAAAAAGUCUUAGAUAUUUCAGGUUCUCAUGAGCCUUUCUUGGUGACUUCAAGUGUUCACGAGUCCAACGCCUUUUUGGAGACCUCAAGUACCCAAGAUUGUCCACGUUCAGUUGUUUACGAAUCUAAGCCUUGUUUAGAGACAUCAAACACCCAAGAUUCUUCAAAUCCAGUUGUUUGCGAAUCAAAGCCAUGUUUGGAGACCUCAGGUACCCAAGAUUGUCCAUGUUCAGUUGUUUACGAAUCUAAGCCUUGUUUAGAAAUUUCAAACACACAAGAUUCUUCAAGCUCAGUUGUUUACGAAUCUAAGCUCAGUUUGGAGAAAUCAAACACCCAAGACUAUUCAAGUUCAAUUGUUUACGAAUCUAAGCUCAGUUUGGAGAAAUCAAACACCCAAGACUAUUCAAGUUCAGUUCUUUACGAAUCUAAGCCCUGUUUGGAGUCACCAAACACCCAAGAUUCUUCAAAUCCAGUUGUUUAUGAAUCGAAGCUCAGUUUGGAGAAACCAAAAACCCAAGAUUCUUCAAGUUCUGUUGUUUACGAAUCUAAGCCUUGUUUAGAGACAUCAAACACCCAAGAUUCUUCAAAUCCAGUUGUUUAUGAAUCGAAGCUUAGUUUGGAGAAACCAAAACCCGAAGGUUCUUCAAGUUCUGUUGUUUACGAAUCUAAGCCCAGUUUAGAGAUUUCAAACACACAAGAUUCUUUAAGCUCAGUUGCUUACGAAAACUCCUCAGAUAUAUCAGCUGUUCAUGAUUCUCCCUCGGAGAUUGUUUCUGAGCCUGUUCAACACUUGGAGAAUUCAAAAGUCCAGCAGCCAAUCUUGGAAAAUUCUUGUUCUCACGAGUUCUUAGAUACAGAAGCGGACCUUUUGUCAAAAGUAUCUGACCCAAUAUCAAUACAAGAACUUCAAAGUGCUGUUGAACCACAACAUUCAUUAUUUUCUGAGAGUCAACCACAUGACGAAAUUCCAAACCAUUCAACACUCAUAGAAGGAAGUUUAGACAAAAAUCUAAGAGAAGAAUCUAAAUCUAUAAGCCUCGUCAAUAUUGAAAACAAAAAAGAACCACUAGGAUCUUCAGAACCUACUGUGUCUAGUGACACACAGUACGAAAAAUCAUUCGAGAAAUUAAAAGAAGAAUCAGUAGAGUUAUCAAAAACAAAGACUGGAGACACUGGUGCUCAUAAUUCAUUCACUACAACAGAACAAAAUAAGUUUGAACCAAAUAUUUCAGCAAACAUUGCGGAAGAUAAAGAGAUCGAAGCCUCUGCAGUAAACGGUUUUGCAGCUUUAAAAACAAUGGAGCUUGAAAAUAUAGAUAAAGUAGUCAUGGAAGAAAGUGUGCUUGACAUUGAAAUUCAAUCUCAAAUAGAGCGAGAGGAAGCGUUUUUAAGGGAUCACAAUCAAGCAGAGAGCUUACGUUCUCUUGAAAACAAGAAAGAAAUUAGCAAACCUUUUGUUGUAGUCGAAACCUACUAUGACCGUCCUUCUAGUGCCCAACGUUCACUUUCUCCUCAAGAUAGCAUGCAUCAAACCGCGGAGAAAUCACCCAACAGUGUCAACACAGAAUCAAAAAUCGCCAUGGAGAUAAGGGAAUUGAAAGAAAGAGAGGAUGAACUUCGCAAAAUGAGGAAACAUUUGGAUUCUUUUUCUACUAAAGAUCACGAGACUUGGUCUGCAAAAAAUAACUACAUAGGAAAAGAUACAUCUUUAUCUUCUAUUGAUUCGACAACCAAUAGUAACGCAAAAGAAUUGCCAUUUGGAGAUUCUCUUCAUUCAAAUAAGAAUACUCCAGUGCACUCUCUAUCUCUCAGAAGAAAAGAGGAAAUUCGAGUCCGACCUCUUAUAGAUACUGAAUUGGAAGAAGAAAAGCCUGUUUUUCAACUUUUAAAGGAGUCGCCGGUGGAACGGGAAGUUCGAUUAGCAAAAGAACGGGAGGAUGCGUUGCGGAAACAAAGAGAGACGCAACAACCUUUUAUUGAAAUGAAAACAAAUGACAGGUUCCAAACCCCCACAAAACAGUCAUCCAUAGACUACAUUAGACCCAACACUCUUCUUUUGUCAAAUGGGAGACAAGGUACACAGAAAGCCCUGGCAACUACAAGAAUUCAACAAGAAAUUGAAGAACAAACUCAACGGGAGAUGGCGCUCAGAGAGGCAGGUCAAAUUCAAACUAUUUCACAGGAACGAACAGAUGCAAAAGUAAGCCGGGUUGGAGAGUCGAUUCAAACAGGGAAUUUCACUAAAGAGUACGUUAAUGUAACUCAAAAGUUAGAGAAUUCUGCAAUAAAACCUCCAUCACCCACAAUCCAAAUUUUUGAAAAAGCUCCUGCCCCAAAUAAUAAAGAGGUAAACGGAGCUGGAGUUAACGGUCUACCCAAAGUUCGGUCUCCAAACAGCUCUUCUAGUUCCUCUUCUUCCACAUUCCCACUUGGAAAAAAAUAUAUUCCUCAUAAUACAGUUGGUCGUAGUAUCAGCAUGCAGAAAUUCAUUGCCAGUAGAGGCAAAGAAAUUCGCUCCAUCACCAGUCCGGCUUUAAAGAGCCCAAGUGGUACACUUCCAAUUGGAAAAGCAAAUGGACACCAGGUCUUAGAUAAAGGAGGAUCGUCUGUAAAACCGCAGAGGAAGUCAAUCUCUUCAACAGAAACCAAAAUACAGGAAGAAUUAAAGGAAAUGAAAUCUCGAGAAGAAGAAUUAAGACGACAGCGAGCUCGUCAGCUAGGCCGUUCUCAACCUAACCUGCACCUUAUAGACAACGAUAAAGAUUCAACAAAUGAAAAUAAUGAAAUGGAUUUAGGCGAUCGAUCGAACAGCAACCCAAAUGUGGCUGAUAAUGGAGUUUUCACAGAGAAAAAGGAUGCAACCGUAGAAAAGACACGACGCAAGAGUGCCCUCAUCGCCCAGUGGGAGCAGAUGAUAAAAGAAGCAGAGAUCAGAACAUGAGAAAUAUACCCGCAAGAUAUUGUUGUCCUCUUUGGUAGUACAAGGAUGAUUGUAACUUUAUUUCAAUCCUUGCCACGCAGAGAUUUUUCAUUAAUAUAUAUACAUAUAUAUUCCUUAUAAAUAUAGAAACAUAAAGUUUCAGAAGAGUCAACACUAGUAGUUUCUUUAUUGAAUUCUUUGUCAAAACGGUUGUAUACGUUUGUGUUCUAACACUCAAAGUAAACCUCAACUUAACGAAAU